AUCAUGUCAAACUAAAAUUAGUAUAAUGAUUAUCAAAUUAAAAUUAUCAUAAUUAUCAUCGGUAUUUGGCGGGCUAUCCAUCUUAUAACUGAUUGAGCUAAAAAGAUAUAAAGGAAAGAAUGAAAGUUUCGUUUUCAAGAUAUUACUUCAACAUCCAUUCCUCUGAGUGAUUUUUAUUAAACUUUAACAAAUUUCCUUGAAAGAAAAUAAAGAAUAUGUCACAAGGUCGCGUUCUUCUCGCUUACUCUGGUGGUUUAGAUACUUCAUGUAUUCUUGUAUGGCUUAUUGAACAAGGUUAUGAGGUAAUUGCUUAUAUGGCCAAUAUUGGUCAGGAAGAAGACUUCGAAGCUGCUAGAGAAAAAGCCUUGAAAAUUGGCGCAAAAAAAGUUUACAUCGAGGAUUUAAGACAAAUUUAUGUCGAUGAACUCAUUUUCCCUGCUAUUCAAGCUAAUGCAAUAUACGAGAACGUUUAUCUAUUGGGUACUUCUCUAGCUCGUCCCGUUAUUGCUCGUAGCCAGAUUGAAAUUGCUACUAAAGAAAAUUGUCAAUUUGUAUCCCAUGGAUGUACCGGUAAGGGUAAUGAUCAAGUCCGUUUCGAGUUAGCAUAUUAUGCUUUGAAGCCAAGCAUCAAAGUCAUUGCUCCAUGGCGUAUUCCUGAAUUUUACGAACGUUUCCCUGGUAGGCAAAGUCUUUUAGACUAUGCAGCUCAAAAGGACAUACCAGUCUUUCAAACUAAAUCAAAGCCGUGGUCAACAGAUGAAAACUUGUUCCAUAUUUCUUACGAGGCUGGUAUAUUAGAAGAUCCUAAUGUAACGCCGCCAAAAGAUAUGUGGAAAUUAACUGUAGAUCCCGAAGAUGCACCUAAUACUCCUGAACGUAUCACUAUUACAUUCAAACACGGUAUACCGGUCAAAGUCGUAAAUAACGAUGACGGUACCACAAAAACUGAUUCUCUCGAUUUAUUCAUCUAUCUUAAUACAAUUGCGCGAAGAAACGGCAUUGGUCGUAUUGAUAUUGUUGAAAAUCGAUUCAUUGGUAUCAAGAGUCGAGGCUGUUAUGAAACUCCUGGGGGAACAAUUCUCAGAGCAGCUCAUAUUGAUUUAGAAGGUUUGGUCCUUGAUCGUCAAGUUCGAGCAUUGAGAGAUCAAUUCAUUACACCUCAAUUCUCACAAAUUUUGUACAACGGUCAAUACUUUUCCCCUGAACGCGAAUUCUUAUCUGCUUCUCUUGAAGCUAGUCAAAAAUCUAUUAAUGGGGAAGUAAGAUUGAAGCUUUAUAAAGGGAAUGUUAUAGUUGAAGGUCGUAAAUCUGAUACUGUUAAAUUAUACGACAUGGAAGAAAGUUCUAUGGAUGUUCAAGGCGGAUUUAGUCCAACUGAUUCUGAUGGUUUCAUUAAGAUUCAAAGUAUAAGAUUGAAGAAAUGGGGAGAAACUGCUUUUGGCAACAAUUUAUAAUUUAGUUAUUUCAUUAUUUCAUUAUUAAUUUGUUUUCAAUUUGUGAAAUUUCUUCAUUGCAUUUUCUUUUUUCAUACCGCAAUUUCCUUAAUUUAAAAGUAAUAUACAAUAAAAAUUAAAAUGAUAUAAAUUUUUUUGAUUUCAACCAUUUUAUAAUAAAAUUACAAUUAAAAUAAAAACAUUUUUUUU